GAGCCGCAGCCCCGCCCGCCACCGCCGUCGCCAUGUUGUGGCUCCCGCAGCCGGCGCUGGGGACGCGCGCGGCCGAGCCCGGGGCCUGCAGCCGCCGCCGCCGCCAGGUGGUGUUUGGAAACUAGACCAUGUGCCUAGGUAGAAGUUAUUCCUUUCUUCACAGCUCUACACCCCCAGCAACACUCACCACACCCUUGUUUUGAGAACCUCACUGAGUCAGUCCAGCAGCAGUCUGCAGACGGGCAUUUGGAAGCCACUGGACCAGGUCAUUUCUGAGGUCCCCUGCAGCUCUGACAUCCUCCCUUGCCAGCAUCCAGCCAUGGGGGACAUGAAAACUCCAGAUUUUGAUGACCUUCUGGCUGCCUUUGACAUCCCAGACCCCACCAGUCUUGAUGCCAAGGAGGCCAUCCAGACCCCCAGUGAGGAGAAUGAGAGUCCUCUCAAACCUACAGGCAUGUGUAUGGAUGAGAAUGUGUCCUUGUCUCACUCAGGAUCAGCCUCAGAUGUGCCGGCGGUAAGUGUUAUUGUCAAGAACACCAGCCGCCAGGAGUCGUUUGAAGCGGAGAAAGACCAUAUUGCUCCAAGCCUCCUGCACAAUGGUUUCCGGGGCUCAGACCUUCCUCCAGAUCCCCACAACCUAGGCCACAACUGUGGGAAGUUUGAUUCCACUUUCAUGAAUGGAGAUAGUACCAGGAGUUUCCCUGGCAAGCUGGAACCUUCCAAGUCAGAGCCGUUACCCACUUUUAACCAGUUCAGUCCAAUCUCUAGCCCAGAACCCGAGGAUGCCAUCAAAGAUAAUGGGUUUGGAAUAAAGCCCAAGCACUCUGACAGUUAUUUCCCACCCCCUCCUGGGUGUGGACCUGUGGGGGGCCCAGUCUUGGAGGCUCUGACUAAGUUUCCAGUCCCAGAGCUGCAUAUGUUUGAUCACUUUUGUAAGAAGGAACCCAAGCCUGAACCCCUGCCCUUGGGGAGUCAGCAGGAGCAGGAGCGAGGUGGGCAGAAGACAGUGGACCCUCACAAGGAGCUGGAUGCCAGUCGAUUCUUUGGGGAAGCUUUGGAGUUCAAUAGCCACCCUGGCAACAGCAUUGGAGAACCUAAGGGACUUGGCCCAGAGCUCGGCACCUGCUCAUCAGUGCCCCCUAGGCAGCGUCUGAAGCCAGCUCAUUCCAAGCUGUCCUCUUGUGUUGCAGCGUUGGUGGCCCUGCAAGCCAAACGAGUUGCUAGUGUCACCAAGGAAGAUCAGUCUAGCCACACAAAGGAUCCCUCAGGGCCCACAAAAGAGGGCUCCAAAGGCAGCCCCCAAAUGCCCAAGUCACCAAAGAGUCCCCGGAGCCCUCUGGAGGCCACUAGAAAAAGCAUCAAGCCAUCGGAUAGCCCUCGGAGCAUCUGCAGUGACAGCAGCAGCAAAGGCUCCCCUUCUGUGGCUGCCAGCUCUCCACCAGCGAUUCCCAAAGUCAGAAUCAAAACCAUUAAGACAUCAUCAGGGGAAAUCAAACGGACUGUCACAAGGAUCCUGCCAGACCCUGAUGAUCCCAGUAAGUCCCCUGUUGGGUCACCCCUAGGAAGCACUGUUGCUGAAGCCCCGAGUGAGGUGGCAGAGGAUGAGGCCACUGCCAUGCCUGGAGAAGAGCACUUUGCUGAGGUGGGCACAAGUUCAGGGAGCCCCCAGGGUGACACAAAGGGGGAUGAGAGUGUGAUGAAACCCAGUGAAUCUUCAUCUUCCUGCUGCAGCUCUGGGUCCCGAGGCUCAAAGGGGGCUGCUGCAGGGGCACAGAUGGGCAAGAAGCAGCAGCAGAGCACAGCACUGCAGACAUCUGCCCAGGCCCCUGCCAACCUCCUGCCCAAAGCCGUGCACCUGGCCAACCUGAAUCUGGUCCCCCACAGUGUCGCCGCAUCAGUGACAGCCAAGUCCUCAGUGCAGAGGCGGAGCCAGCCGCAGCUCACCCAGAUGUCGGUGCCCCUAGUCCACCAGGUGAAAAAGGCUGCCCCACUGGUUGUAGAGGUCUUCAACAAGGUCCUCCAUAGCUCCAACCCUGUGCCCCUCUAUGCACCAAAUCUCAGCCCUCCCGCGGACAGCAGGAUCCACGUGCCGGCCAGUGGGUACUGCUGCCUGGAGUGUGGGGACGCUUUUGCCUUAGAGAAGAGCCUGAGCCAGCACUACGGCCGGCGGAGCGUCCACAUCGAGGUGCUGUGCACACUGUGCUCCCAGACGCUGCUCUUCUUCAACAAGUGCAGCCUGCUCCGGCACGCCCGUGACCACAAGAGCAAGGGGCUCGUCAUGCAGUGCUCUCAGCUGCUCGUGAAGCCCAUCUCUGCGGACCAAAUGUUCGUGUCAGCCCCUUCGAACUCUACGGCACCAGCAACCCCAGCUCCUCCUUCCUCCCCCAAACACGGCCUCACUUCGAGCAAUGCCAGCCUUCCCCUUCCAGCUUUGCCGCUCUACCCAGAUCCUGUGAGGCUCAUCCGGCACAGUAUCAAGUGUCUCGAAUGUCACAAGCAGAUGCGCGACUACAUGGCUAUGGCUGCACAUUUCCAGAGGAUGACGGAGGAAACCGAGGGGCUGACUUGCCAGGUGUGCCAGAUGCUGCUACCCAACCAGUGCAGUUUCUGUGCCCACCAGCGGAUCCACGCCCACAAGUCCCCCUACUGUUGUCCGGAGUGUGGAGCCCUCUGUCGCUCUGCCUACUUCCAGACCCACGUAAAGGAGAAUUGCCUGCACUAUGCCCGCAAGGUGGGCUACAGGUGCAUCCACUGUGGGGUCGUCCACUUGACCUUGGCUUUGCUGAAAAGCCACAUCCAGGAGCGACACUGCCAGGUUUUCCACAAAUGUGCAUUCUGCCCCAUGGCCUUCAAGACUGCCAGUAGCACCGCGGACCACAGCGCCACCCAGCAUCCCACUCAGCCCCACAGACCCUCCCAGCUCAUUUAUAAGUGCUCCUGUGAAAUGGUCUUCAACAAGAAGAGGCACAUUCAGCAGCAUUUUUACCAGAAUGCCAGCAAGGUGCAGGUGGGCGUCUUUAAGUGCCCUGAGUGCCCGCUCUUGUUCCUGCAGAAGCCGGAGUUGAUGCAGCACGUCAAGAGCACGCACGGUGUUCCCCGGAACGUGGACCAGCUGUCAAGUCUCCAGUCUUCAGCAGACACGUCCUCAAGCCGCCCUGGCUCUCGAGUUCCCACUGAGCCCCCAGCCCCCAGUGGGGCUGCUCGGGGCAGCUCCCUGCCUUCUAGCCGCUGGGGCAGGCCUGAAGCCCAUCGCAGGGGUGAGACUAGGCCCCGGCUGAGGAACACCGGCUGGACCUGCCAGGAGUGCCAGGAGUGGGUUCCUGACCGGGAGAGCUAUGUGUCCCACAUGAAAAAGAGCCAUGGUCGGACAUUGAAGCGGUACCCGUGUCGGCAGUGUGAACAGUCCUUCCACACCCCCAACAGCCUGCGCAAACACAUCCGCAACAACCAUGACACAGUAAAGAAAGUCUACACUUGUGGGUAUUGCACAGAGGACAGCCCCAGCUUUCCUCGGCCCUCCCUCCUGGAGAGCCACAUCAGCCUUAUGCAUGGGAUCCGAAACCCCGACUUGAGCCAGACGCCCAGAGUCAGGCCUCCGGGUGGACAUUCCCCUCAGGUGAACCAUCUGAAAAGACCAGUCAGCGGAGCGGGGGAUGCUCCAGACACCAGCAACGGCUCGACUGUCUCUUCCACCAAAAGACACAAGUCCCUUUUCCAGUGUGCGAAAUGUAGCUUUGCCACAGACUCGGGGCUCGAGUUUCAGAGCCACAUACCUCAGCACCAGAAGGACAGUUCCACAGCCCAGUGUCUCCUCUGUGGCUUGUGCUACACCUCUGCCAGCUCCCUCAGCCGCCACCUCUUCAUUGUUCACAAGGUGAGAGACCAGGAGGAAGAAGAGGCGGAGGCGGCAGAGGCAGAGGAGGGCUCCGGGGAGGAGGUGCCCAUGGAGACCAGGGAGAAUGGACUGGAAGAAUGUGCUGGAGAGCCUCUGUUGGGCGAUUCAGAGGCAAGGAGGUCACUGGGCCUGGCCCCUGACAAGGACAGUGCCCGAGAUGCUCAGAGUCAACAGGCCUCUCAGGACCAGGACAGCCGCACACAGUGCCCGCAGGUGUGACCAGAGGCUUUGCAGUGUGCAGUCAGGGUGGUGCCGCUGUGUCCUCCACCUGCUCUCUGGACAGUGGGAAAAGAAAGGCUCCACCCUGAUGUGAGUGUGGCUGCCUGUGCCCUGGAGCACUGUCUGCCCUAAGCUGCAGGGGGGCUGGGCAUCCCUGGGCCCCAGGAGAUGCAGGGUUGCCCAGCACCCUCACAGCUCUGAAUUCGCUUCUGUUAUUUAUGGCUUUGUGCUGCUUCUUGGUACCCCAAUUCUUGUCUGUGUCCUUCCAACCCCAGGCUGCUGAAGUGGCCCAGCCCCAAUGCUGUCAACUCGGCUUGACACCCCUCAGCGGCUGUGCUCUUCUGGGAGAUUCCCCCUCGCUGCCUUAGCCUUGAAGCAGCAGCUCUCCUUCUUGCUGCCAUCAGAGCCUGAGAGCAGGCUGAGGGGGUCGGCACAGUCCCUCUCAGAGAGCUCGCCCAGCCUGGCUUGCAGAGGGCCCUUGGUCACCUUGCCCCUCCUUCCUGUCUUCUCUGAUUCUUUCCCCGCAAAAUAGCCCUGGAGAGCUCAUUGUCACGCUGGCUCAUCCUCUCUGUGUUGGUGGGAGAAAUUUUUGCAGCACACCUCCGUUUGGAACCCGGGAGAGCAGGAGAUGCAGCCAAGGCAGGCAGGCACCGAGAGGCAGACCCCCUUCAGCAGGAGCUGUGCGUCCUUGUUCUGCUGCUGUUCUGCCUUUCCUGAUAAGUGGGGUUGGGGGCACACAGACAUUGGAAUAUUUGUACUCUUGCUCCUGUGCCAUUAGAGAGGCUGCUGCUGCCCUGGGCAGGCCAGCCCCUCCUCCUCUCGGCUACACUCAUGUUGCUCAGACUAUAUUUCAAAUAAAAAAAUCUUCUUACCACGCAGGUAGGCUCUUGUAUUCCUCUUCAAAUGAGCCUGGCCCUACCUUGCUCCACCUAAGGGUCUCAUUGUCCCAUCUCAGAGGGAGAACAAUGUUUCCUGCAGGCCAAGGAAGGUCCCCUCUAGACUUUGGAGCUGUGGUUAUGAAAUCAGGAGCGCAGUACUUCUGAAGGGGUGAGGGGACGGUCAUAAUGCUGGUCAAGAGUCACCUCCAAGGUCUCCUCUGAGCCAGCGGCAUUCAUUGGCUUUUAGGGUCUAUUGAGAAUGUUCUGGGAACCUCUGUCUUUCCUACAAAUGGUUUUUCAAACUAAGAGAACCCUUUACUGGUGGGAAGAGGGGGAAGGAAAGAGGGGAGGAAUUCUGCAGUUUUCUUGUGCUGUUCAGGAGGCCUUGGUAUUGCCACUGGCACAGGGAACUCUGGCAGAGUUCUCUUAGAGAACUGGGCUUAGCCAUGGGAGGCUGGGCUGUCUUUUCACUGAUGGCAGAGGUAGGACUGACCAGGCACAAGGAGCUGGCUGUGUGAAGGUGUCUUGACCUCUGUUCCAAGUGGCUGCCACAGCCCUGCAUGGGUGGGAUGUGGGACUAGGCCCAGCAGGAUGUAGUGCAGCAAAGGGAAAUGGGUGCCGACUGCAUUCUUAGAGGUGAUUUUUUAAGGAAGGCAUUAAAUAUCAAUUAUAAAUUAUUAAGUCAGAUAAAUAUACCUGACCUUUUCACAGUUGGAGAAAAAAACACAUUUUCUUCCUCUAUCAAAUGCCAAAUUUCUAGUGGAAAUGCUAAUGGCAUUAGGAAAGGUUAAUGCUUGUUUCAGUUUCCGAGAGCCAGUGCUUUUUAAUGAUGGCCAUAUCUGGCAAGGCCACCAGGUCCCUGCUUCCCAGGCAGGCGGCAAGGGCACACUGGGCCUAUAUCCAGCUGCGUACAGAGCCAGAGCCAGCCCCAGAUCAGCUGCCGUCCCUCCCUAAUUCCAGUUCAGUGUGCCCACCCUGCACCCGGGGCGUUCACAGGAAAGAUUAUAGAGGAGGCUGCUGGAAGGGUUUGAAGUGGAUAGCUGAUUCUCUUCCUUGCUCAGACAUUGGGAGCUGGAGCUGGGGGAGAGGAGGUAGUGGAAUCAGAGGUUUGCCCUGUGCUGACCUGAGAUCUAUCUCCUUCCUGGGAAUGGCGUGGAGUGGAAAGAAUGCCGAGCCACUCAGCACAGCCAGGGUUUGCUCUCAACCAGUCCUUAACAAAUCCCUAGCUUCACUGGCCACUUACUUCCCUUCAAGGUAGACCUAGGGAUUCCCAUCCAAGUCGCUUCACGGGCUCUCGUGAGAUGAGUGUGGGAGCUUUUUCUAGUUAGAAAACACUAUCAGUGUCAGGGAUCCCUGACUUUCGGCAUGGAGGGUGGAGGGCACCUUGCCUGUCCUUCACAUGUGGCUGCUGGUGGGCCGUUAUGAUUGCUCCCCAGCACCUCUCCACCAGUUGGGAAUAGCGAUAAUAGCAGCACUGGGAGCCCUGCUCAUGGGCCCGGCACCUUGCUAAAAACACUUUCCAGGGAUUCUCAUUUAGUCCUCACAGUGAUCUCACAGUUACCCUGCAUUUUAUAGAGAAGAAAACCAAGGCUCAGAGAGGUUAGAAAACUUGCUGGGCGGCCUUGUAAAUGAAGCCUGUGUGGUUCUAAAGUCCUUGAUGUCAACCACAGCGUUGCCUUAGUGACCCGGCUGCUUUGGCUGGCUGCCAGCUGCCAUCCAGACAUCUGUUUUCCUACCUCCCCUGCAGUUGGGGUGCCCCACUGAGCGCCAGGUAUUCGUUGGAGUCAGUCUGUGCCUUGUCACCCCACAGAGGGCCCUGUGCAUCACAUUUGCUUUUGAUGUUCUGGAGCAUGUGCAGUGACUCUCUGAUCCUUCAUUCUCACUGAGAUUUAUCUUGCCAUUUGAAGGCCAUCGUUGGGGUGUUGGGUGAAGGAGGGGAGCUAGCUAUUCCAGAAAAGGUGGCCCAGCUCUCACAGGGAACAUGGUUCCCUCAGCGUCCAGUAUUUUUGAUUUUUUUUUUUUUUGAAAAGAUGUUGUUGAAUAGUUGUGCUAUCAUUUGUUAUCAUCAGAAAAUGCUUGCUGUAACAAGCAUUUAUCUGCUGGAGGGAACCGCUCUACUGAUCAAGUUAUACAGAUAAGAUCCCCACCCCUGUAGAAACCACAACUUAACACACUCUAAGGCUUGACAAAUGACUAGUUUUUAUUUUCCAACUGCUUUAUCUCUGUAAAAUGAUAUGCCAAAUCAUUGUAAGCUAAUUGGUGUGGAAAGAAUUCUUCCCUUAACUGAUGUAAACAGUCUGAUUUUUGAAAACUUAACAACCGGGGCUCAGUGAGUUCAACACAUUUUGCCUUCUCUGAGACUGAAAACCCCUGCCUGCCCUGGUCACCACUGUAUAUUCAGCUUGGCACCCUCUCUUUCACUUGUUUUUUUAUUUUUGGUAAGACAUCCAAACAAUGCAAAAGAGAAAACAAUGAAAAGUAAGCUUCCCAGUGGAGAUCAGCCUUCAGUUCCCCAAGCCCCCUCUCCAAAAUUAAUCACUUAUCUAUAUCUUAUGUAUCCUUUCUGAGCAACGCUAUGCAUUUACAAGUUUAUAAAUAAUGUAUAUUUAUAUAUCUAUUUUUAAUACAAAUGGUAGCAUUCUAUACACAC